AUGCAUCUCAGCGCCUUCAUUGCCGCCUCUUCUAUUGCGCUGUUCAAUCUUGCUCAAGGCAGCCCGCUGGCCUCCCGCGCCACCACAGAGCCGCCCGCCAAGUACUAUCUACAGACGCAACUACGGGGUGACAGUUCGAAAGACGACUGCGGAAGUGCAAAGGGAGGGUUGUGGCUCUACUCAUACCACACCGGAGCCGGCCUGGGCGAUGCCGUACUAGACUCCAGCAAGGACACCGCCAUGGAGGCCUACUACAACAAGACAGACUCGCAACAGUACUUCACAUACGAAGGCAACCAGAUUGGCGGAUGGCCGCUCGCCGUCCAAUAUGGCUCCUACCAAUCCUUCCUUGCCGUGACCAUCUCCGUCGCUAGCGAAUCCGAUUCUGCCGGAUACUUCUUCAACUCGACUGGCUUGCAGUGGAAUUCUACCGAGUUCAUCGGUUGGCUGGCAUGCGACUGGUGGCACGGGGCUCCCCAGUUGUUCGCUGAGCUCGACUACUCCACUGGCGACCUGCCCAAGUCCUGUUCCCGGGUCGAUCUCCUGCCUGUGGCUUAUUGA